UGGUCCGCUGGCGUGGCGCUGACUGGAGAAAGAAGAUCUGAUUCUAGCUUGGGGAAGGCUCUGCUUAGCGCCUGACACUGUGUUGCAUUUCCCAAUAAGGCACCGAAGCUCCGACGAUGCGGCUGGAAAGGUCGGCGGGGUGUGAGUCGACGUACACAGGCAUGGUGAGACUCCACCCUGAAUGGUGGUGGCAUACAGCGGCGGCUGCCAAAUUCGAGCGCCACAGGGAACCAACGGAAAGUCACGCUACCCCGGCUUCAGACGGAAAGAUGGGGACCGGCAAAAGGGUUUGGCAGUGCGUGGUCGGGUCGAAUAUCACAGGCCUACGCCAGUUGCGCUGCCUCGCGAGAUGACAGUGAAACAUUACAAGCGCGAACAAAGCGACGGGCACAAACCUGCAGUAUCGAAUGAAGGAGGAACAAAGGGCGAAGGACAGGCAGGACACGGCACACAUCGUCAGCUCUCCUCCAGCUGUACCCGGUCCGACCGAUGCCUCGUGACAGGCAAGCACGGCACGGAUGAAUGGCCUCAGCUCUCUCGUGUACAGUACUUUCUUUAGGAGCAGGCACACUUUGAGUUUGUCGACCACGCGGCGCGGUGUGGAGAGA